AUGAUUCGGAUACUCUCAGAGGAGGUGUCGCCGAUAUGGAUUUUGACUGCGAUCGCAGUAGUCGCCUACACCACCGUUCGCUACCUUCGCAGCCCUUGGCGCAACCUCCCUCCAGGACCGAGAGGCCUUCCUCUCAUCGGAAACCUUUUGGAGCUUCGUGGCAAACAAUGGCUCACAUUUACUGAGCUAGGGAAAAAAUAUGGUGAUCUCAUGUACUUCAAUGUCGCUGGGCAACCGCUUGUGGUCAUCAACUCCCAGAAGGUGGCAGCUGAUCUACUUGACCGUCGUGCUGGAAAAUACUCCGACCGCCCGCGCAACAUUGUCGCAUCGGACAUCAUGACUGGAGGAAUGUUGGUCGUAUUCACUCGUUACGGGGAUGUCUGGCGUCGGAUGCGCAAGGCAGCUCACGAGGGACUCAACAAGGGUGUCGUAUAUAAAUACCAUCCGAUUCAAACCGCGGAAGCUGUUCUUCUUACAGCUGGUGUGCUCGCGGAGCCCGAAAAAUGGAAUUCACAUCUACGUCGCACAGCCGCAUCUGCCAUUAUGUCCAUGGUAUACGAUACGCCUCCAACAUCAGAACAAGAUCCAUCAGUCAAGAGUAUUAACGAAUUUGUCGCACGUUUGACUCGUGCUGCUAUGCCUGGCGCCCACUUUGUGGAAUUCUUCCCCUGGAUGCGGUAUAUCCCCAGCAAGUACGCAAAGUGGAAGCGUGAAGCAGAGGAAUCAUACGCUAAAGAUUCUAUAAUGUUUGAAGGGCUCUUCAACAGUGUCAAGGAUCGCAUAGCCAAGGGUGACGAGCGUCCCAGUCUUGCGGGUACUCUGAUUCAGGACGCAGGAAGACACGAGUUAACCGAGAGAGAAAAUUCUUGGUUGGCCGGAACUAUGUACGCUGCAGGUGCAGAGACGACUUCAGGAGUUAUGUCCUGGUGGACUCUGGCAAUGGUCGCCUACCCCGAAACACAAAAACGAGCCCAAGCAGAACUCGAUGCUGUCGUUGGACGCGAUCGCUUGCCUUCUUUCGCUGACUAUGAGCAUUUGCCAUACAUUCGCGCAAUGGUCAAGGAGGCCCUCAGAUGGCGCAUGGUGGACCCAGUCGGACUUCCUCAUAAGUCAACGGAAGACGAUGUAUAUAAUGGAUACUUCAUUCCCGCCGGUACCAUCCUCAUCGCGAAUGUCUGGCACCUCAACAGAGAUCCAGAGAUUUAUGGGCAUGAUGCAGAACAUUUCAACCCUGCCCGGCAUCUCGACAAGGACGGCAAGUUGGCGCCUGGACCCGUAGACACGAAGGAGGAAAGUCACGUCACUUACGGAUUCGGGCGACGGAUUUGCGUCGGGCGGCACGUUGCAAACAACUCCUUGUUCAUUGAUAUAGCAAUGAUGCUUUGGGCUAUGAACAUUGAACGUGCCACCGAUGAAAACGGUGUCCCUCUUCCGCUGGAUGUCGAUGGAUGCGUUGAAGAUGGACUGGUCGUUCGUCCGAUCCCUUUCAAGGCCAAGAUAACUCCAAGGUUCCCAGAAGCACAGGCAAUAGUAGAACAAGAGCGAGAACUCCUUGGAUAUCACUGA